GCAAACUCCACACAGGGAGGCCGGAGCUGGAAUCGAACCCGAUACCUCUGCACUGUGAAGCCGACGUGCUAACCACUGGACUACCGGGCCGCCCCAUUGGAUUCAAUUCCUUCCAAAAUAUUUUGCACUCGUACGCUCCCAAAUACCAGCGAAAACCUUUGGCGCCAUCCAAAUAUGGCAGCACGGUCUCCGCCAUUUUGACACCUGUUGCCAACAGCUCGGGCAAUCUGUUUGUGUGGCCCAACUCUUCGUUUAGCACCUGCUGUUGUAAUUCUCAAAAAAUCUGAGUCUCAAGCUAACAUGCUGUGUGUGUGUGUGUGUGUGUGUGUGUGUGUGUGUGUCUAUGGUGCCAAUGCAUUGAUGGAAAAUCUAAUCUAGUUUUCCUCUGUGUCACAGAGACCCCCCCCCCCCUCCCUCUCCACUACCACCACCGCCACAUCUCCCCACCCGCUCCGUAAAGGUUUUAAAGUGCGUCGGGGAGGUGGCACCCUGGCUUACAUGCUAACACGCCGCCGCAGGAGGAGAAAGAGGAGGAAAGGAUAUUUUGGGGUGGGGGGGAAACUGUCGACUUUGGAAGAAGAGUAAAGGGGGACCUGAUUGGGAAAAAGAGAGCUGCAAUUGUGGGCGUGUUCCCAGCUAUAAUUGGCCUCGACUCGUACCUGCUCCUGGCAUCGCUGCAUGAGCCUCACCGCACACGCACACACGCACGCACACACACACACACACACACACACACGAGCCAACACACCUGUCAACUGCUGUCGGCUCAGCAAGUGCUCUCCGCUCUCCAGAUGUCGCAGCCGAUGAGGGUCAACAUCUGCUUGCUGGUGCUGCCAGCCAUGUCGCUGCUGCUCUUCUCUCCCGUCGGUCGCAGUGACGAGAACGUCACCCUCAGCCCGGGCUGUCACUUGCACCCUUUCAACGUGAGCAUCCGCAGCGACCGGCGAGGCACGUGUCGGGGAACCCAUCUUGCGCACGCAUGCGUGGGCUACUGCGAGUCCAGCGCCUUCCCGUCCAGGUACUCGGUGCUGGUGGCCUCGAACUUCACGCACAACAUCACGUCGGCGGCGCGAUGCUGCACCAUCGCCAAGGAGGCAAAGGUCAAAGUACGGCUGGAGUGUCCUGGGGGCCGUUACCAUGACGAGUUGGAGAUCCUGACGGCCAAGGCGUGUCGCUGCGACAUGUGCCGCACGUCCCGCUACUGACCGAAAAGCUGGACCGGAGCUCACAUUACAGUUGACUGCUGCACGACAGAAAUGACAUAUCAAAUCAUUAUGACAAGAGCAAAUCAUGUUGAAAAGAAAAAAAAAAAAAGGAUUCCACGUUUUACAAUAAACACUACCCAGAAACAAAAAGACAAAAGAAUGUAAAAGCACCAAAUAUUUAUUUGUUUGAUUGUCAUGAUUUUUUGGGGGGUAAAUUAUAUCUGUUGUUGGAACCAAAGAGUGCUUGGAAUGACUUUAAAGGAAAGAUAGAAAUAUUGAAUAUUUUUUACAUUGUGUGAAUUGAAAAUAAAGCCUUUGAAAUUA